CGACAUACAAACAUGAACAGUGUUGUACUCAGCGGCACAUGUCCUCUGCGUGUCCUGCAUAAUUUCAUUGUGUUUUGCAUCCCCUCUAAGUCGAAAGACAGCGUCUGACAGCUGUGACAGAAUAGGAGCCAAGUAAGUGUUUAGGGAUGAAUGUGAAUGACUGCAGUGGAACAGUGGCCCGGCCUGGCGCUGUGCUGUGAUGCGGAUCAUGCUGUCUGCUGCAUGAAACACCGGUGUAUCCAGUGCAGCCGCCUCCUGCCACCCGUCACCCUCCAGUACCCCGCCAGCCCUCACCCAGCACUGAUAGACGUGCCCAGUGUGCCCUGCCUGUCACUUUGUUGUGGGUGUCUGGGUCUCUGAGAUCUAUUACUGUACAUGAGAUGUGUGGAAUAUCAGGACUUCCAAGUGUCAUAAAAGAUGUUUUUAUCACCAAGACUACUCACAAGAAUACAUUACAAGGCCUUAAGUUCCCUGAUACCGUUCAGGAAUGUGAGAGGCAAGGUGAGCCCAGCGACACGUUGGGUGCAUGUGACAGCCAACCGCUGCUGCCAAUCCCAGGGACCAAAAGAUUCCACAUCAGAUGUUCCUGAUUUAUCAACAUUUCCUCUGCAGUGCAUCAGGAACUUCUCCAUCAUAGCUCACGUUGACCAUGGCAAAAGCACCCUUGCUGACCGAAUACUAGAAAUUACAGGUGCCAUCAAAGCAGACACUAAGAAUAAGCAAGUCCUUGAUAAACUUCAGGUAGAGAGAGAAAGAGGGAUAACAGUCAAAGCUCAGACAGCAUCUGUUACUUACAAAUAUCGUGGGAAGGAAUACCUGCUGAACCUUAUUGACACUCCUGGUCAUGUUGACUUUACUUAUGAAGUGUCAAGGUCACUGUCUGCCUGCCAAGGGGUCAUAUUGCUUGUUGAUGCAAAUGGGGGUGUCCAGGCACAGACUGUGGCCAACUUCUAUCUGGCCUUCACAAAUGAACUGGCCAUCAUUCCUGUGCUGAACAAGAUUGACCUAAAGAAUGCUGACCCUGAGGCUGUCAAGGAGCAGCUGUUCACCCUUUUUGAAAUCAAUCCUGAUGAUGUGUUGCAAAUAUCAGCAAAGUUGGGUAUGGGUGUCACCAAUGUCCUGGAGGCUGUCAUCGAAGGUGUACCAUCUCCAGCAGAGAAAUGCACGGUGGAUUCUCCUCUCAGGCUCUUCCUUUUUGAUUCUUGGUUUGAUAAAUACAAGGGUGUUGUGUGCUUGGUGUUGGUGGUAGAUGGCUGCCUCAAGAAGGGAGACCAGAUUAUGUCCUCACAUACUGGGAAGCUGUAUGAGGUGAAGGACGUUGGGAUUUUGGCACCUAAUGAAGUUCCAACAAAUCACCUGUACACAGGACAAGUUGGUUAUUUCACAGCCAAUAUCAGAAAUACCAAAGAAGCUCUGGUGGGGGAUACAUUUUACCUAAAAGGAGAAGAAUGUGAACCACUUCCUGGCUUCAGGGAGACAAAGCCUUUGGUGUUUGCCGGUGUCUACCCAAUGGACCAAAGUGAACAUGGACAGCUCAAGGCUGCCAUAGAACGCCUUUGUUUGAAUGACAGGAGUGUCUCUGUCAGCAUUGAGACGAGUUCAGCAUUGGGUCAAGGGUGGAGGCUUGGGUUCCUUGGCCUCUUGCACAUGGAUGUUUUCAACCAGCGACUGGAGCAAGAGCAUGGAGCUCAAGUGAUUAUGACAACACCCUCUGUCCCAUACAAGAUUCAAGUCCAAGGUGCCAAGGCUAUCCAACACUACAGGGGAGAGGAGGUCAUAAUAAACAACCCAGUACUGUGGCCAGACCCUCAGAACAUUGUAGAGACCAGUGAAACUUUCGUCAGGGGAACUAUUAUUACUCCAGUUACCUAUCUGGGUGAUAUCAUAGGUCUGUGUCAGAGCCGACGUGGGGUACAGCAGAGCAUCAGAAAUAUUGACAACAACAGGAUAAUUAUGCACUACAAGUUACCCUUAAAUGAAAUUGUUGUUGAUUUUUAUGACAUUUUGAAAUCUUUAUCAUCUGGCUAUGCAACUUUUGAUUAUGAAGAGUUGGGAUUUGAAUUAUCCUAUUUAGUGAAGCUUGAUAUCCUGCUUAAUGGUUAUGCAGUACCUGAGUUAUCUACGAUAGUCCACUCUUCCAAGGCAAGAACUGAGGGGAAGCGUGUGGUUGAGAAGUUAAAAGACACUUUACCUAGACAAAUGUUUAAGAUUGCAGUUCAAGCAGCUGUUGGAGGAAAUAUCUUGGCACGCGGUGACAUAAAACCCCUUCGGAAAGAUGUUCUUGCAAAGUGUUAUGGUGGAGAUAUCACGAGAAAGAUGAAGCUGUUAAGACGUCAAGCUGAAGGCAAGAAGAAGCAGAUGAAAAUGUACGGUAAUAUUGAAGUUCCACGAGAGACUUUCAUUAAUCUGCUGAAGAGAUAACAUGAAAUCUUCAAAGUAUUGACUCAGGUAUAUUAUUAAACUGUAUUAUAAAAGCUAUCAAACUUAUGUAGUUAUCAUUAUGACUAUUAUUGUCAUUAUUAUUAUCAUCAUCAUUGUCAACAGGCAUAAAGGUUAGUGUCUUCUGCAUACAGCAGAGAGGUUCAAUGGUUUGAAUCCUUAGCAAAGUGGGACAGUCACCCUAAAAUCUAUAUUCACAUAGUAGAAAAGAGAUACAUGACAUAAGUAGUAACUUUUGUGGUAGGAGAGCAAGACAUAUCCUGUAUGAAUUGGUCAUCAGGGAGAGGAAUUCCAAAAGACCAGCUAUAUUAGCUGUGUGAAGUGUGUAUUUUAUUUGUUUAUUAGUACUAUUAUUAUUAUUCAUCUUAUUUAUUUUUUAUGUAGGAGAGCCACCAUUAACGACAACAAAAUAUUAUAUAAAAGAAAAAGGCCCACUUUUAUGCCAGUUUCCAAAAAGAUUACUCAACAAAAAUGUCAACUGAUGAAGGGUAUGUCUUAAAACUUAUCUCUUGAGUUUAAGUUAUAGGAAGAAGGAAAUACAGGAGGAGGCUGAGAAUUCCAGAGUUUACCAGAGAAGAGGAUUAGGGAUUGAGAAUAUUGGUUAUCUCUUGCUUUUAGAGAGGUGGAUAGAAUAUGAGAGAAAGUAGUCUUGUGCAGUGAGACCAUGGGAAGUGAGGAGGGAUACAGUUAACAAGAUCAGAAAAGCAGUUAAUAUGAAAAUAGUAGUUGGCUAUAGUAAGCAGCAAUGAGAGAAAAACUGAAGACAAACAGUCAGAAGAGUUGAUCAGACAAA